CUUUUCAGAAAUCUGUUUUUCCUUGUCCAUUUACCAAAACCCUUGCCCCAUUCUUUUUUCUCUCUGUGGAUUAAUAUCUGCAGGGAGAAAGAAGUGGUGGCACAAGGGAUCUUUGUGUUUAUCUGGGCUAUUGUCUAUUUGACUCUUGCUUUCAUUGUAAUUUUUAAGCACCCUUUUGGAUCAAGUUUCAAAACUUUACACUUGAUUCAUCAUAUUGUUUUGUGGGAAAUAGGUUCUUGGUGAAUCUUUUGACCCAAGAUUGCCAUUUUUAAAAAAAACAAAAAACCAAUUCUUGAAUUUAAAAUUUAGAGCUUUUGACUUGUGUAAUUGACAAUUUUAUGACAUUGUGAUUUGUGGGUGUUUGUUAGAUUGGUGUGUGGUGUUCUCUGUUUGAUUAUUGGCAGGCUCUUGUGAAUUGUAAUCUUGCAAAAUGUAUGGAACUCUAAGCAAAAGGGACUUGGCUUUGGAAACACAAGCACAAGUGACUAUUUUGAGGCCAAGCAUUCAUUCUCGAAGGGCAAGCCUUGUCGUAAAAUUUCAAGAUAUUUACGGGUUUACAGUGGAAGGCAAUGUAGAUGAUGUGAAUAUAUUGAAUGAGGUUCGAGAGAAUAUUAGGCAACACGCUAGAGUCUGGUGGGCAUUGAAUAAUAGCAAAGGUGCAGAUUGGUAUAAGCAGACUCAGGCAACGUCCCCCCUCAAGGCAUCGCUAAAGUUUUCGUCGUUGGUCAAUGCCAUUACUCUUAAGAGGAUGAUUAGGAAAGGAAUUCCUCCGUCUUUGAGGCCUAAGGUGUGGUUUGCAGUGUCCGGGGCAGCUACUAAGAAAUCUACUGAACGAAAUAACUAUUACAAUGAAUUGCUCGCUGCGGCUGAGGGUAAAGUUACAGUUGACACAAAGCAGAUUGAUCAUGACAUACCACGGACGUAUCCUGGCCACCCAUAUUUGGACACUAAAGAGGGUCAGGCUUCUCUUAAACGUGUUCUGGUUGGGUAUUCCUUCCGUAAUCCUAAUGUUGGUUAUUGUCAGGGAUUAAAUUAUGUAGCAGCAUUGUUGUUGCUCGUGAUGAAAACUGAAGAAGAAGCUUUUUGGAUGCUAGCUGUCCUCUUGGAGGAUGUUUUAGCAAAUGAUUGCUAUACAAGUAAUUUAUCAGGAUGUCAUGUAGAACAAAGGGUGUUCAAAGAUCUGCUUAUAAAACAUUGUCCAAAGCUAUGUGCUCAUCUAGAAACCCUGGAAUUUGAUGUUUCUAUCGUUGCCACUGAGUGGUUUCUAUGUCUUUUCGCGAAGAGCUUACCUUCAGAGACAACCCUACGGGUGUGGGAUAUCCUUUUCUAUGAAGGCACAAAUGUUCUUUUUCGCGUAGCUUUGGCUCUUUUUAUGAUGAAAGAGGACGAGUUAGUACUUACACAAAAUGUUGGAGAUGCAGUCAAUAGAAUUCAUUUGACCACACAUCGUCUCUUUAAUCCUGAUGACAUCUUGACGGUUGCAUACGAUAAGAUUGGUUCAAUGGCACUUACAAAUAUAUCAAAGCAAAGGAAAAAGCAGGAGUCAGUAGUGAUGGCAGAGCUGGAUGAGAGACUUAGACGCCUAAAUUCUCUGCCCAGAGAUGACAAAUCGCCCAGGUAGCAUAUGUGAUGAAUGAGAAAAGAUAGAUCUAACAGAAGAACCAGCUCUGGCAUGGGUAGUGCUAGCUCUGGCAUAGAUCUAAGCAAAGUGCUAGCUCUGACAAAGGUAGUGUAAAUGAUGAAUGAGCAAAGAUGGCUCUAAGUAGGCAGCUGUGGCAAUUGCCGAGUUCUGUGAAGUGUUGAAAAACAUGUGUAGAGCUCUCUUUGUUUCAUAGUGUACAUUUACUCAGAUACUUUUGAAUUCAAUCCAAUCACUUUGAUUUAGGCUGAAAAGAGUGCCUUGUUGUUGCUA